AUGAGGCUUCCUCAAUUCUGGUUACUCGUGAUGGUUGCCACGCUCUUCGUUAGCACGUCGAAACAUGCUCAUGCAUACGACCGGCCACCACCCCGAGAGGAUCUCGUUGUAUCGCUCGCCGAAGAUGCUGAUCCUACCACUCCACAACAAGUUCAUAUAUCUUUGGCUGGUGACAACAAAAUGCGAAUCUCUUGGAUUACUGACAAUGAUACCCCGCCGACUGUAAGCUAUGGGACAUCUCCAGGGAAUUAUGAUCAGUCCGCUAACGGGAGUGUUACUACUUAUGAAUUCUUAACUUACACAUCUGGUGAAAUACAUGAAGUCGUAAUAGGUCCAUUGGACCCGAGUACCAUGUAUUAUUAUUGUUUUAACCCUGGCUCGACCCCUGAGUACUCUUUCAAGACUCCUCCGGCCCAGUUUCCAAUCAAAUUUGCAGUUUCAGGUGAUCUUGGACAAACUGGAUGGACUAAAUCUACCCUUGAACAUAUCUCACAAUCAAACUAUGAUGUGUUUCUACUUCCUGGAGAUUUGUCCUAUGCCGAUAUGUUGCAGCACAGGUGGGACUCAUUUGGUCGCCUAGUGGAGCAGCUAGCUAGCCAGCGGCCGUGGAUGGUGACACAAGGCAACCAUGAAGUUGAAAAAAUCCCUGUUGUUCACUCGACCCCCUUCACUGCCUACAAUGCAAGGUGGCAUAUGCCGUAUGAAGAGAGUGGCUCAACGUCUAACUUGUACUACUCGUUUGAGGUUUCAGGAGUUCACGUCAUCAUGUUGGGAUCCUACACCGAUUUUGCCUCUGGGUCGGACCAAUGCCAAUGGUUAGAGUCUGAUAUACAGAAGGUUGAUAGGACCAAAACACCAUGGCUUGUUGUGCUUGUACAUGCACCAUGGUAUAGUUCUAACUAUGCUCAUCAAGGUGAGAAAGAAUCCGUUGCUAUGAUGGAGUCAAUGGAGGAUUUGCUUUACAAAGCUCGUGUAGAUGUCGUUUUUGCAGGGCAUGUCCAUGCUUAUGAGCGCUUUAACCGUGUUUAUAGUGAACAUAAUGACAACUGUGGCCCAGUGUAUAUCACGAUUGGGGAUGGAGGCAACCGCGAAGGUCUUGCCAGCAAGUACAAAGAGCCACAACCAACCAUAUCGGCGUUUAGGGAAGCUAGUUUUGGGCACGGGGAAUUUGAGGUGGUCAAUGCAAGUUAUGCUAUGUGGUCGUGGCAUAGAAAUGAUGACGAUGAAUCAGUUCUAUCUGAUUCAGUUUGGAUCAAAAGCUUGUCUUCUGAUCCAACUUGUAAGUAAGCUAAAAAUAUGAA